AUGUUCACGUCCUUCACGGGCAACUCGCGCCGCCCACGGCAGGUGAACCUCUCUGGCCGCACCAACAACCCCUUCGCCGCAUACCCAUCCGGAAGACAAAAUCCUCACGGCUCCGGUCCUCAGAGUUCCCUUGCGAUUGCACAGCAGGAGCGACAACUCCGACAACUCGAACGAGAUCGAUUAGGGGCGAGCCGAGUCGUUCAGCGCACAUGGAGGGGCUAUCGGAGCAGGAAGAUAACGCGAGGGAAGUGGCGGGCGGAAUGGGACGCCAUCGAAUAUGCAAGGACCGCUUCACUGCCUUUAUUCGAUGACCUUGCAAAGCAGCAGAGCCCCACACUGCAACCGGCCGCUCCGUUUGACUCUGCCGCCGCGUGUCUGUCCCAGCUACGGCUCUUGGUCCAGUUUAUUGAGCCUUGGAAUGGCGGGGACAUCGUUCGCUUGGUAUACUUUUCGGAUGCGUUUCAGAGAACACUACAUGAGGUGCCGUCCCUGGCGACGGAGGGCGAAUGGACGAUGCUCCUGAAGCGGCUGGCCGAGAUGACCUUGCGUGUCUUGCAGUCGGCGAUUUCACCAAGCAUGCCUGCCUUUGCUAUCGGUCAGCACCUGCAGCUCCUGAAAUUUCUCACAGAUCUUAUCCCGAAACAGAUGGCGCGGCUUGCACGGGAAUAUUACUCUACCAUGGCUAAUCUCACGAAGAACUAUAAUUCGAUAUCCAGCCGGUCGCCUCUAUCCAAAACCGAUCUUGCUCAGAGUGUUCUUACCUUGUUAUUACCUAUUACCUCCGAGACGCUUACUGCCUACGAGUGGUUUGCUAGGAGCUACUUGACCCUCCCCGACCUGUUGGAAACUCUCGGAUCGCUAGAUGUCUUGGCGAGCAAUAUCAACUACAAACUGUUGACGUCCGCGUUGGCGCCUCUGCUCCUCAGUUAUAGCCAGGGCUCCGAUGGCGUGGAUUCCCGACUUUGGAUGCUGGCUUAUUUCAUAUUCUUUCACAGAUAUGCCUUAGGAAGCCAGGCCACGCAUCAUACUUUAGACCUUGGAUUUGUAAAAGUCGUCUCAGCACUGCUAAACUCGACGGUGCUGCAAAUCUCCCGCGUCUUGGAGGCCGAGGAGUCUGCGGAGCUUGACGACGAUAACAAAGGAGCAUAUUUGCAUCCCUUUAUCAAGGAUCAGCUGUUUAGCCUGGUCAAUCAAACAAGUAUAACUGGUCUGCUCUCGCAACUGCAGCCCACUCAUUUGUCACAAAGUGAACUUGCGGAUUCCGACUCCGGCGCCUCCACUGAAGCUAGGAACUUGGCUCAUUACGCCUUGACGCUUCUACGGGUCUUCCCCCGGCGAGGUGACGAUAUCCGCAUGUGGCUGUACCUGGGCUCAGCUAGCUCAGGAGAUCAGGCGGGUGGGCAGAUUCCAGCUAUCAAAUACUUCUGGCAGGCGUCGCGCUCUAGCAAGGUAUUUGCCGCUAUCAGCCGUGACUCCACUGGGGUUUUACCCUUGUUGAAGCCGGUUGAAUCAAACUCCAGUCAGGACGACAGAGACCAGGAAUGGACUAUCAUUCUUCUUUUCCUCGAGUUGUAUACCUUCGUGCUCAAGGUCAUGGACGACGAUGAGUUCUUCUCGAGCGGUUCUUCAUUUACCGCCUCUUCGAACGCGCGUAUAUCUUGGACUAGAGAGAGCGCCCUGCCUCUUAAUGAUGUUCAAGAAAUGACAAUCUUCCUCAAGAAUCUCGCGUUUACUCUUUACUGGAACUCGGCGGACUUGACGGAGAAUGAAACGGUUCAAGAUAGCGGCGGAAUCCGAAAUUACUUCAGCUCGAUAUCGGCACCACUGGAUACAGUAGCAAGCGUCCGGGAUAUAGAACACAAGAACAAGGACAAGGGAUUGCCUGGAGUGACGGGAAUUCCGCUAGAUUAUUUCAAGGGCCUUGUCACUGGUCUCCUGAGGAUGGUCCAUGAGCGCGACUCGCGAAGAAAGUUUCUUCCCGACGGCCACUGGCUGAUGACCAGCCGCUUCAACAUGGAAGGCUUUAUCCCCGCUGUUGUCGCGGAAGAAGAGAGCAGACAUCAACUGGAGGACGAGGACGAAGAAGAUCAGGAUGACUUGAUGACGGACGACUUCGAUGAGCCGUCUCUUGGGCUUGUUGGGACCGGGCGCGCACAGCAGGCGCGACGGAUUGAAGCUCUGAGGCGCCGCCAGCAACAAGCUACUCGUCGAAAACAGUUGGAGGCUGUGGCCCCUCGACUAGAGAUCCUGAAGAACAUGCCGUUCUUCAUUCCAUUUGCCACCCGGGUACAGAUAUUUCGCCAGUUUAUCUACCGCGACCAACUGCGCCGAAGGCACGGGUUUAUCGAUCCCGAUUCCUGGCGGAUGUCGGUGGCACAGGCUUCCAUGGGCCGUUUGACUGAUAUGCGCUCGACGAUGCAGGAUAUCCUCAGUCGUCAUCACGCCAACAUUCGCCGCGAAAGUUUAUUCGACGACGCGUUUGAGCAAUUCUAUGAGCUUGGAGAGGCCCUCAAGGAGCCGAUACAGAUCACUUUCAUUGACAAAUUCGAUGCCCCAGAAGCGGGGAUUGAUGGCGGCGGUGUUACCAAAGAAUUCCUCACCAGUGUCACCAAUGAGGCGUUCAAGUCUACAGUUGGUCUGCGCUUGUUCGAGGAAAACGAUCAACAUUUGCUCUAUCCUAGCCCUGUUGCCGUUGAACAACGGAAGGAAAAUCUGCGACACCUGGGGUUGAAGGAAAACACACCUGAGUGGAAUGACCACGUCCGUGACUUGCUCCGACGGUAUGAAUUCCUGGGACGUGUUAUCGGAAAAUGUCUCUACGAAGGGAUCCUGGUCGAUGUCAGUUUCGCGCCUUUCUUCCUACUGAAAUGGGCGUUGACGGGUGGAAUGAGUUCUGCUCAACGCGAGACGGCAUACCGAGCCAACCUCAACGACUUGCAGGACCUGGAUAAAGGACUCUAUCAAGGCUUGCUACAAUUGAAGAACUACCCCGAAGACGUGGAAGACUUUUCGCUAAAUUUCACCGUGACCGACACAAUACCCUUGCCAGGCGGAGGCAAGCGCACUAUCACUCGAGACCUGAAGAACAACGGCUCAGACACCGCCGUCACCAAUCAGAACCGCUUGGUGUACAUAUCAUAUAUCGCACGCUACCGGCUCCAAGUACAGCCGGCUUUGCAGACCAACGCCUUCCUACAAGGCCUGGGACAAAUUAUCCAACCUUCGUGGCUUUCCAUGUUUAACCAGUCCGAAUUGCAGACGCUGGUCAGUGGCGAAUCGGGCGACAUUAAUGUUCAAGACCUCCGAAGGAACACAUCGUACGGUGGUCUCUACGUCAUUGGCGACGACAAAGAAGAGCAUCCGACAAUCAAGCUCUUUUGGGAAGUUAUGGACCAAAUGACCAACGAGGAGCGGCGGAACGUGCUUCGCUUUGUGACCUCGACGCCACGUGCCCCAUUGUUGGGGUUCAGCCAUUUGAACCCCCGCUUCAGUAUCCGGGACUCAAGUGAGGACGAGGAGCGGCUUCCUAGUACAAGUACUUGUGUUAAUCUGCUGAAACUGCCGCGGUAUAAGAGCGCGAGCACUCUGCGGGAGAAGCUGCUGUACGCGGUGAAUUCUGGGGCAGGAUUCGACCUCAGCUAG